AUGUCGCUCAAGAUGGACGAGAAAGAAGGGGACGUGACCACAACGCCAACGGCUGGGAGUGUCGUGGCGGAAUCGAGCAAUGCUAUUGAUCCAGUCUUGCAGAAACGGGUCAUGCUUAAGCUCGACGCAGUCGUUUUGGGAUGCUUUGGAAUCAUGUAUCUCAUGGCGAAUCUGGACAGAAACAACCUGGGCAACACCAAUAUCAUGGGGUUGCCCGAAGAUCUGGGCCUCAAAGGCAAUGAAUUUGGCAACGCAGUAACAUUAUUCUUCGCGACUUACGUUGCCUUCGAGGCCCCUUGUUCAAUUGCCCUCAAAGUCGUGGGACCAAAAAACCUGCUGUCGGUCUGUAUGCUCGGCUGGGGCGUCACUUGCCUCGGCAUGGGCUUCAUCACCAACGUCCAACAGCUGUACGCCUGCCGCCUGAUCAUCGGUGCGUUCGAAGCCGGACUGAUACCUUGCAUCAACGCCUACAUCGGCAUGGUCUAUCUCCGUAAUGAGAUGUCCCUGCGCUCUGCCAUUAUGUACGGCUUCAGCGCUUUGGCAGGUGCUGUGGGAGGUCUGCUAGCCUCAGCCGUUUCCAACAUCAACGCAGGCGGCCUGCCCUCUUGGUCCUGGCUAUUCAUCAUCGAAGGCAUCAUCACCAUCGCCUGCGUUCCUGUCCUCUUUACCAUUUUCCCCAAGGAUCCGCGGACCGCCUGGUUCUUGAAUGAACAGGAGCGCGAAGUCAUGCGUCUUCGUUUCGAAUUAAACCCUCACCUGUCUCUCGAGGACAAGUUCUCGUGGGCCAAGGUGUUCAGCGCUUUCAAAGACCCGAAACUAUACUUGCAUGCCGUACUCGAGUUCUGCGUCAGUCUUUCGCUCUUCAGUUUCAUGACCUUCUUGCCUGCCGUCAUCAGAGGAUUGGGGUACGCUAGUGUCAAGGCCCAGCUACUCACGGUGCCGGUCUACCUCUGGGCCACCGUCGCUUAUAUCGGUAUUGCCUUGGCGUCUGACCGUAUCGGACUGCGCAGCCCCUUCAUCAUUGGCGCGUGUUUGGCGCUCAUCACUGGCUACUCGAUGAUGCUCGCUAGCACGACCAUUGGAGUCCGCCUCGCGGCAGUGUUUUGCCUCGGAACAGGCGUCUACGCACGCAAUUUCGCGGGACACUUCAAGCGUGCUACGGCGCUCGGCAUCGUGUACAGCGUAGGGAACAGCUCAGGCAUCGUCGUUGGCCAAAUCUUCACCACUUCGAGCGCGCCACGGUAUCUCAAAGGCGUGCGCAUCAACACAGCUUUCGCUUCAUUUGGGAUCGUGCUUGUCAUUCUACACGUCUUGGCACUGCGGCAUGUGAAUGCGAAGCGGAGGGAGAGAUUGGCGACGCAGCUUCCAGUGGUGGUGGAACAGCCCAACGUGGGCUUCAGUGACUAUGACGACACUUUUCGGUACAACUUGUAG